AUGGGGUCUUGCGUAUCAAAAGAAGAUGGUUCACCAUCAAAUCAAGAUAAAGUUAAAAGAACUUCAAAAUUAGAUAAUUCAUCAUCAUCAUUAAAUGAAAAAGAUCAAAAUCAAUCAAAUAAUCAACAACAAGUACAACAACAACAAGGACAAAAUACAACAAAUCAAAAUCAAUCACAAUUAAUUUCUCAAGAUAAUCAAAGAAAACAAUCAAUAGUCCCUUCAGAAUCUUCAAAUGGUACUUCAACUGCUGUAAAUUCUGGGAAUCCAAAAGAUACUCAUGAAUAUACAAAAGUUUUACUUUUAGGUUCUGGUGAAUCUGGUAAAUCAACAAUUUUACAACAAUUAAAAAUUUUACAUUCAAAUGGAUUUACUCAACAAGAAUUAUUUGAAUUUAAACCAUUUAUAUUUGGUAAUAUUUUAUUAUCUGCAAAAGAUUUAAUUGAAGCUUAUAAAAAAUUUGAUUAUAAAUUAAUUGAUGAUGAUUUAAUUAAUGAAUCUGAUUUUGAUAUAAUUUUAAAUUCAAAUACUCCAAUUGAUCCAAAUAAAUCAUUUGAUAAAAAUUUAGCUAUUAAAAUUACAGCAUUAUGGAAUAAUGAAUCAACUUCAUUAUUAAUUAAAAAUCAUCGUCAAGAUUUUUAUCUUAUGGAUAGUGCAAAAUAUUUUUUUGAAAAUUUAGAUCGUAUAUCUCAAGAAGAUUAUUUACCAACUAUAACUGAUGUUUUAAGAACAAGAAAAAAAACAUCAGGUAUAUUUGAUUUAAAAUUUGAAUUGAAUGGUUUAAAAAUUCAUAUCUAUGAUGUUGGUGGUCAAAGAUCUGAACGUAAAAAAUGGAUUUAUUGUUUUGAUAAUGUUACAUCAAUAAUUUUUUGUGUUGCUUUAUCUGAAUAUGAUCAAACUUUAUUAGAAGAAAAAUCUCAAAAUAGAUUAGAAGAAAGUUUAACACUUUUUGAUUCAGUUGUUAAUUCUCGUUGGUUCUCAAGAUGUUCAAUUGUUUUAUUUUUAAAUAAAAUUGAUGUAUUUAUGGAAAAAUUACCUUAUUCUCCAUUAGAAAAUUAUUUCCCAGAUUAUAGUGGUGGUAAUGAUGCAAAUAAAGCUGCUAAAUAUAUAUUAUGGAAAUUUACAAGAGUUAAUAGAUCGGGUUUACCAAUUUAUCCUUAUAUUACUCAAGCAACUGAUACUAAUAAUAUUAAAUUAGUUUUCGUUGUUGUUAGAGAAAGUAUCUUAUCAAAUAUUUUACAUGACACUGGUUUGUUAUGA